UAUUGAUAUUGGUACAACCAUCUUCUCUCCUAAUAAACUCUUCCAACUCCUCUGUUUCUAAUCUAUUCUUUUCCUCCUUCGCGGGCUAAACGCUACUGAAAAUUAAUAAUAAGGUCAAUUAAAAUACAAACACCAUUUCUUCGUUUCCCUUUUAUCCUCCGCUCCCUCUCUCUCCCACCCACUCUCUUGCUUCCCCGCAACCGAAUUUCCUGUCUUCUCCGUUGGAGCUAGUCCAGGCCUCAUACCAUACCACCGUCUUCUUAUUGUUGAAAUUUAAAAAACUCGAGUUUUGAGCGAAUUCAGAGUCGGGUAAGCGGGAUGCUGUGUGGUGGAUGGGUUCUUGGUUUGUCCAAGUUUCAGAUGUAUUGGGCUCAGUUGAGAACCUGAGGAAUGGGUUGUUUCGUCAGCAAGAAGACCACCGCCGAGAAAGAGACUGACGGCGGCCGGACUUGCGUCGGGCCUUCCGCCGACGCAGCUAACCAUGCCGUCAGGGUUGGUAAGGAGUCGGUCGUGGCGGCGGCGACGCACAAGUCCCGGCGUCACUCGGCUGAUGUCUAUGCGGAGAUGGCCCGGCAGUCCCGGGUCGACCGGGGGAUUGCGACCCAGCAAGGUCGGUGGCCGUCGUGGCUAAUGGCGGUGGCCGGUGAAGCCAUCGGUGACUGGACUCCUCGCCGGGCCAACACUUUCGAGAAGCUCGAUAAGAUUGGGCAAGGGACUUACAGCAAUGUGUACAAAGCGAGGGAUCUAUUGACAGGAAAGAUAGUGGCAUUGAAGAAAGUGCGGUUUGAUAACUUGGAGCCCGAGAGUGUGAAAUUUAUGGCGAGAGAGAUUCUUGUUCUCAGGAGAUUGGAUCAUCCGAAUGUGCUUAAGCUUGAAGGUUUGGUUACCUCGAGAAUGUCAUGUAGCUUGUACUUGGUCUUCGAAUACAUGGACCAUGACUUAGCUGGCCUUGCAGCUCGCCAGGGAGUCAAGUUCAGUGAGCCACAGAUAAAAUGCUAUAUGAAGCAGUUGCUAUCAGGGAUUGAACACUGUCACAGACACGGUGUACUACAUCGUGACAUCAAGGGGUCUAAUCUCCUGAUUAACAAUGAGGGUAUACUCAAAAUUGCUGAUUUUGGACUAGCUACAUUCUAUGAUCCUGGAAGCAAGAUUCCCAUGACUAGUCGAGUUGUUACCCUCUGGUAUCGACCUCCGGAGCUUCUUCUAGGAGCAACUUAUUAUGGUGUCGGUGUUGACCUUUGGAGUGCCGGCUGCAUUUUGGCCGAGCUGCUUGCUGGGAAGCCCAUCAUGCCAGGACGAACUGAGGUAUAGUUUUCGGAUCACAUUAGUCUCUACGUGGGUAAAUGCCUCUUAUCCACAACAGUCUACUGAAAAGUUAUUGCAAUCUUCAUGCACGGAUGAUCUGUUAGCAUAAUCUUUGAACUGGAUAAAUAAUUAUAUAUUCGUGGCUUGAUGACCAGAUUUAUAAUGUGGGCAUAAGCUGGAAAUGCAAUCAGUGUUCUGGAAUAAUAUCUGUUUGUUUUAGUUUGGAUGCAGGUUAAAGUGGGAGCAAAACCAACUUACAUCCAAAAUAACAUGAUCCGUCUUUAGUGUGCCAAUUUAGCAUGGUUUAUCUUUAUUCAUAUUGUAAUAGAUUCAACUUCUGGUGUGCUUGUGCUAUGGUAGUUGGAAAAUUGACAUUCAUUCUUUUGGCACGCGCAGGUCGAACAACUGCAUAAGAUAUUCAAGUUAUGUGGCUCGCCAUCUGAGGAAUAUUGGAAGAAGGCAAAAUUACCUAAUGCCACACUUUUUAAGCCUCAACAGCCUUACAAAUGCUGCAUAGUAGAGACUUUCAAGGGUUUCCCACCUUCAUCCAUGCCUUUGAUUCAGACUUUGCUGUCAAUAGACCCUGAUGAACGAGGCACUGCUACUUCUGCUCUCAAUAGUGAAUUUUUUAGCAUAGAACCUGUUGCUUGCGAGCCGUCUAGUUUGCCCGUGUAUCCUCCUAGCAAGGAACUGGAUGUGAAAUUGAGAGAUGAAGAAGCAAGAAGGCAAAGGGGUCUUGGUGGAAAAGCUAAUGGUGCAGAUGGUGCCAGAAAAAUUCGAAAUCGGCCUGGUCGUGCUGUCCCCGCCCCAGAGGCCAAUGCAGAGAUUCCAGCAAACGUAGAUAGAUGGAGGGUUGUGACGCAAGCAAACGCCAAGAGCAAAAGCGAAAAGUUCCCACCUCCACACCAGGAUGGAGAAGUUGGAGGACGCCAUAUGAUGGAUGAUGGGUCCCGAAAGGCCCCUGUUGGAAUGCCUGAAACAUCUUUUAGCUCAUCGGUCUUCACUUCGAACGCAUCAUCAACGUCUACUAAAAGUUUUGGGAGCUCAGGAGGUCCUUCAAGGAGAAGAAACAGCAAGGAUGGUGGUGCCCAGAUAGGUCCAUCGAGGAAGUUCAUUCGUCCGUUUAAUGGUUCGACGCUAGGGCUAUCAAUUGAUUUGUUGUUCAAAGGAAAGUCGGAGAAUUUUGGAAGCCGUAGGUAGGUAUAUAGAUAAACUGGGUCUUCUUUUUUCUUCUUGGCUUUUGCAGUUCUCCCUUCUCAUGGUCAUGGGGGGAUUCCUUAGGGUUAAAUUUACAUCUAUCGGCUUGUCUCUGUUAAUUUGUUCAAUUUGGUUUGUACCCCUAUCUGAUAAGUAUGCUGGUGUUGAAGGUCCAUGAUGAAGAAUGUACAAGCACCGGUUGCGUUUGUGUAUAAAUUGUAACUCUGCGCACUGCUAGUUUCAAGUUGUUAUUUCUGACAAACCAAACACGAUGUCUCAAUUAUUACAAGCUCAAGAUGUUGCUUCCCUAUUUGAACUAGAGUUGACAAUCAAACCCGCAAUUGUGGGUAUCUGAUUGCUUCUGAUCGAUU